AAUGGUGACAGGGUGCCAAACAGAGGAGCAUGUCAGAGCAAAGAGAAACAUAGCUUUGUGUCAGAUUUUCAAACACGUGGCAGAAAUAUUUCGCUUUGAGGAUGUUGCUGAACGUCACCAACCAACCAGAGGAUGACUUCUCCUGCUACAGUGCUUCAGUAGAAGCCUACCGCUACUUUGCUGUGCUGUGGGGUUGCACAGUCACAAUCACAGGCACGGUGGGGAACCUGAUGACCAUUCUAGCUUUUGCCUUAGACUCACAAGUGAGGACCCGCUUCAAUGUGCUAAUUGUCAACCUGGCUGUAGCUGAUCUCCUCUACUGCACCAUACUGCAGCCAAUCUCCGUUGAUUCCUAUCUGCACCUCAGAUGGCGCAGCGGCAAGCUCUGGUGCAGGACCUUUGGCCUGCUCCUGUUCCUGUCCAACUCUGUCUCCAUUAUCACCCUCUGCCUUGUAGCUGUGAGUCGAUACCUCCUGGUUGCAAAAAGGGCCUUGUUUGACCGUGUUUUUUCAGACUGUGGGCUCGUUUCCCUCCUGCUGUCAACAUGGGCGCUCGGCCUGGCCAGCUUCAGCCCACUCUGGUCCGUUUAUGUGUUUGUGCCUCAGGUUUGCACGUGCAGCUUCCAUCGAACCAGGGGUCGCCCCUACACCACUAUCUUGCUCUUUUUCUACUUCUUCAUUGGACUGGCCUGUGUCGGCACAUUCUACCUCCUCAUUUACUGUCGCGUCCGGGUUGCGUCAAAGGCCCUGCUCCGUUAUAGGCUCAGCCGGCGGUCUUCCAAGAGGAAACCGGCCCUUUCAGCACCAGGCACUGAUGACAGUGGUGUUGAAAGUGGGAUGGCCACUGUGAGCAGUGUGCUGAGCAAUCAGGACAAAUUCGUGCAGAGUAAAGAGGAUGUCAACGGUGACAAUGCAUCCCCAAAAACACAGGACGAGCCAGCAAAUCAAUUGGGAGAAAGCAAGUCAAAUCCUGAUAUUGUCACUAAGUCACAUUCAAGUCCGCCUGUGCCCGCCACUGUAGCAUCCCACACAGCGGCCUCAGGAGAAGAUACAGAAUUUAAGCGUGUGACGCGCAUGUGUUUUGCGGUUUUCCUGUGUUUUGUAUGUUGCUUUGUCCCCUUCCUGUUACUCAACAUUGCCGAUAAGCAUGGCCGUGCCCCGCAGGUGCUGCACAUGUUCUGUGCAAACCUCACCUGGCUCAACAGCUGCAUCAACCCGGUGCUCUACGCUGUCAUGAACCGACAAUUCCGAAGGGCCUACCAACUGCUGCUCACGAGGGCGGCGACACCCUUUACAUACCUCUGUAUGAAGAAAUCCUAAAUUCCCUUAAUAUAUAACAUUUCUAAGUGCUGAAACAAAUGCCAUUACAGUAAUAUGUAGACUGUAAAGCCGAGAUCACCAACAUUCUGCCCGCAGGCAUCAGUUAGCCCCCAAAGACCACAUGAGUAGUUCACAGGCCCAUUCUAAUUAUAGCUCACCAGUAGUGUCAAUUUCAUUUAAAUAAACGCCUUGGUUUUGUUAUACGAGUGUCCAGAAAAGGCCCCUCUUCUGUUUGACCCUGUUUUGCAUCCGCUUUGUCCAUAUUUGGCUGAGACCGCCCCCUUUCCUCUGAUUGGUUGCCUCUGUGUAGAAGCUCCACUUGUGAGGGCACACGCGUUUAUUUUAGCUGCGCUGGCUCGGGAGCGGAAAGGGACGAUAGAUAAGCUUGAAAAAUUCGAAUGGCCUGAUUUCAGGCCUCUCGGCUUAAAAACCUCCGCAUCUCAAGAAUGCGUGGACGAUUUUAAUUCAUAUUUCACGUUUACUGAGGCACCAUAGAGACAAUAUUAUAUACCAAAAAUUAGAAAAAAGUUGGUUUGGCAAAAUAUGUCCCCUUUUAAAGUCGUUUAUUGAUACUCCAAUUGAAGUUCACUGUUAAACCUAAUCGACAUAACAAAAGAAUGACACAUGUUGCAUGUUCAAAAUAUGUUCAAAAUAAUACGAAAUAAUACGAAAAUGCUGUAUAAACACACAAACGGGCAAUAUAACAAUACUCUCUGGCACAUAUUAUUCACUCUGUGAAAAACAAGUUGUAAAAACAAUAUUCGAUGGUGACUUCUACUUUCUUUGUUACUGCAAGUGUGUAUCUCAUUGCGUGUACCACACUGCCCCUCAGAGGUCAAGACGUGCACAGCCGUUACUUUAUGUAUCCCAUUGGUUAAUAAUAAAUGGGUCAGUUUUUCUUACACUUACUGUUGCUGAUCACUUGAUUAAGCCUUUUUUAACAUCCAAUCCUACAAAACAAGUAAAUUAUGAUUAUUGCUCAAAUCGGAUCGAUCCAAUACCGAUACCUGCUCACAAUACCCUGAGCAUCCCACAUUUCCUAGCCGAGAAGAACAUGAUCAUGCUGGAGAUAGUUUCCUAAUCAGCUGACCUGCAUUUUUGAAGCUGUGGAGGAUCACAGAAAAAUCUUUCCAGGAGUGCGUAAAGGUGUGACAAGAGAAGGUUGGGAAAGUGCGUUAGACUCCAGUAUUACUUUGAAGGAGAAAACAUGUAGUUUGGAGUUGAAAUAUCGUUUUUUGUGACAGCAGUAAAUGUGUGCUGUAUCAAACUAAUGGCUCUUCUCAUUAAUUAAUUAGUUUUUUAAAGGUUAGUGACCCCUCCUGUAAAGAAAUGUGACAGAAAAGUUACCAGCAACUAUUCUAAAUAAGUGGAAUUGGCGGGAAGCAGUUGAGAAAAGGAGCGAACAGAUUAAAGUCAAUUAAAGUCAAAACAGAUGCUCAAGUCAAUUUCUUUACUUUCUUUCAUCAUGCUCCUUGUCCUUGCAUUUAUUGGUCUAGCCAGAUUCAAGCUUUUUACUGUUUGGUGACUCCAUUAAAUGCAUAGUGUUUGGUAGAUUUAAGUGAAGUAUGUAACAAACUCUUAUUUUGUAAUACAUAUUCCAUUGUUACAACAUAUGUGUCACGUUAUGACAAAAAAAACAACACUAUGUUGCAGAAUCAGCAGGAAUUUCCCGUCUGGAACAAGAUGAUAAGUUUCAGACUGUUUCAUAUUGAGGAACUUCUGACUCGCAUGGAAACUAUCAAUAACGGUAGAACCCUGACUGACGUGGGUGACAAUUAUGUGCCCAGCACAAAUAUUAGAAGUCAUUCUUAAACAACACGCAAUAACAUUCGAGAUGAAUAACUAAGCCUUAAAUUGAGCUGAGAUUCAAACUCCAUCUUUAGACCAUUUAAGACCUUCCCCAACAGUAGUUUCUUGCAAUAUUUCACGUGCAUAUUGAACAAAAUGUAUUUAUAUGCUUUUCAUGUUUUACGUGUUUUGUAUUUUCUGUAUAUUUUCUAUUAUACGUCCAACAUUAAAAAGAAAGGAGUAACAUG